AUGGACUUCACGACCAUUCUGAAUCGAAAGAACUCUGCCGCAGCAGCUGUCGCCGCAGAAGCACAAUUACAGCAACAAUACAUGCAGAACCAGUUUCACCACAAUUCCGCCAUGAAACCCGAGCCGGGUGCCUCCGACAAUUCCGUCGGCGCAUACCCUCCUCACGCUGUUCCCCCGGGAAUGGACUCAGGACUGGCGGAGUCUUUCUACUAUGCUCAAGCACAAGGUGCCACCCCUCGGAACAUGGCAUACGUCCCUGGCGGAUAUGCUAGCGAUGCUCAGAUGCAGCCAGCGCCCGUUCCCGUCGGAAGGAGUAGUGCUGAUGCGCCACCUAAGACCUUCCACUGCUCUACUUGCAACAAGGGAUUUGCUCGACGCAGUGAUCUCGCUCGACACGAGCGAAUCCACACAGGUAUCAGGCCUCAUGCCUGUGACUGGCCUGGUUGCGGCAAGCAGUUCAUCCAACGCUCUGCCCUAACAGUACACUCUCGUGUACACACUGGUGAGAAGCCCCAUAUGUGUGAGCGAUGUGGCAAACCCUUCAGUGAUUCUUCGUCAUUGGCUCGGCAUCGUCGUAUCCAUUCUGGCAAGCGACCCUACAAGUGUCCGUACGCCAACUGCCAGAAGACUUUCACUCGUCGGACGACCUUGACCCGUCACCAAAACCACCACACCGGCACUAUUGAGGAAGCUGCUGCUGAGACCGAGGCCAACCUGCGUCAAAAUAAGGAACGCCGGGGCCCGAGCGAGGGCAUGUUCCCGGACCACGUCUCUAUUCAUUCUGCCCCAUCCCCAGCCCAGUCUAUGUCCCCUGGUGGUGAUCUGCCUCCUCUGAACAUGCAUCGUUCGGCCGGUGAUUACUACAUGGGUAAUGGCUCUAUUCCCCCUCAUGUACGCGGCGACUUUACGCAAGGCAGUCCUCGUGCUUCUCCCACAGCGACUUCUCCCUCUCUCUCCAGUUAUGGUAGCGCUCCUCACGCGCGCCCAGCCAUGACGUCUCACCCUUAUGCUCCCCCGCAGCCGCUCGAGCCCCCGGCGAACAACGACCACCGGCCAAACAGUGUCGGCGGGAGCCCGCACAUGACCAGUCUCGGUUGGGCCUCGCCUUCUCAUGGUAGCAUGCCCUCCCCUGGCUCAGCCAACGACUUCACCUACCCCGAGCCGAGCGGCCCAGCAUACCCAACCUCGAUGCCCCCUCACAUGUAUUUCCCCAAUUCGACAAUUCGGAGGCCCGGCUCAACCGAGCCGGACCAGUACGAGACCAAGCCCCGAAUGGGCGAGCACACUUGGUCCACACCCGUAUGA